AUGAAUCUUUUCCAUUUCGAUCAGGCCUCACCCCAAGACACCGAAUUGAACACGAUGCCACCGACAUACGACUUCCACCCAAUCAGUCCAACCACCCUGGAGCAAGCUCCCAUGUUCGGAGACCACAACAUGUCCCAUCAGAUGAAUGUCAACCCAGGAAACAUGUGGGGUGGUGUAUCGCAACCUGCGCUCGAUGGCGGCUUAGAAAAACUUCUCAACAACUAUGGUGCCUCUAUGGAGCGAUUCGGCCAGGUGACGCCCCCAGAAGACGCCAACACGCAUGGACGGUCCAACUCCUCUAGCAAGAGAGCCGACUCUGGGGCUUCCGGUAUCGAGGUUGACGAUGCGUCGAGUAUGUCUCCUCGUAGCUCCAUGUCCAACAAACGACCUUCAGUGAGAUCGUCACAAAAAAGUCGGAAAGAAAGUCGGGCGUCAGACGAUGGCGUGGCCGGCGACAAGAAGGAUAAAUACCGAGAGAAGAACCGUGUCGCUGCAGCAAAGUGCCGUGCCAAGAAGAAGGAGCAUACCGACAGUCUUGAGGACACAUACCGUACGCAAAGUGCCAUGAACACUGCGCUGAAGCAGACCGAGAAGUCCCUCCGCGAUGAGUUGUCGUACUGGCGUACGCAAGCAUUGCAACACACAUUCUGCAGUUGCCAUCCCAUUCAAGAGUACAACUUGAGGAAGGCCCAGAGUAUGGCUUUCGGCGCCAACUAUGGCUCAACGUCAUCUCCAGUCAUUGCAAACGGUCGCUCGGCUUCUUUCAGUCACAGUCAUCUCCAGUCAUCGUCUGCUGUUGAGAUGGUCUCUCCCGUGAUGAGCGAGCCUGACGGCAGAACUGCUUCGGCGGCGACGUUCUCAAGCAUGCCAGACUCAGAGCUCAAGGAUGUGACCAGACAAUAA